AUGAAGGUGGCUUCCGAAUUGACCGAUGAGCGUGUUCUUGCGCGGCUCAAUGCGUACAACAACCCUAACGAGGGCUCAGAGUCAGACUAUGUCUAUGUCAACGGCAAACCCAUCACAUGCCGGCGAUGCAAGCGCAAGAGACUGGUGUCUGAGACACCCGAACACUUGCAAUUCAAGACGUGCAACCCAUGUCGCGUGAUCGAGCGAGCGCAGAAGCGGCGUGGGUCGAAACAUAGCGUCAUCAAAAACAGAGAGGAGUACGACAUGAUCCAGCAGAUUAGAAAUAUGGAUACCGAUUUGGAGACGGCGACUGCUGCCGACACUCCGCGCACAAAAUCCGAACAGACGCGCGAGACGACACCCGAUGUGCCGCAGUCGUCUACCGCGCCGUCUCCUGAGCAGACCGACGCGUCGGGACUCGAGAAAGACUCGCUGGCCGAGCACGACACUCCGACACAGUCUCCGGCAGACUCGCGGGCCGAGCUCCAGCAGCGCCUGCAUUUUCUGCGCCAGGGCGACCAGAGCAAUGCCAUCGGUGAGCAGAAUUCGCGGCGGCCUCCAUCUGUGUGUGUUUGCUGCGGCCAGAACACUAACGGCCUCGACGACCUAUGUUCUCCGUGCGAAAACACAGACUCAGUCAUCAAAUCACUCGACUACUAUCUCCAGCUACUCAAACUCAACCACGAACAGGAGCUGCGCAACAUUGUGUUCACGACAAACGAGCCGCACGCACAGCUUCUUGCACGGACGGCCGCCAAAGAAAAAACACCCGCGACUGUGCUCCUCCGAUUGUACGAAAAAUACAUUCUUGCUAUAAGCAAGGCGACUGGCUACGACUUCAAGUACCAGACCGAGUCUGAAUUUUCCCGCAAAUACUGUGACCCUGUUCAGAUGAGAGUACGAGAGUGUCUCAAAUGCGUCAACGAAAUAGACAUGCUUUUCCAGAACGACGACAUCGACUCCGAACUCAUGGCUCUGCAAUCGUCGUCAGUGGACCAGAGCCCGCCCAAGACGCCGUGCCACUCGCUGAUUUUUGUGUCGUACAACGCGCGCUCCGGAAGACUCGUGAUCAGCUUCACGCACCAGCCGCACCGCUAA